UCAAAUUUUAAUGGUCUCGAUAUAUACGAUCCCAUAAAUCAAAUGUUAGAAUAGACAAUGUAGCAAUAAAAUAGUGGCCCUAUUUGGCAUUUGUAGCAAAGACAAGGUUAAGCUGGUCCAGAAUAUUGAGACCAGUAUUACCAUGCUCUCUCAUUCUUCCAGUCCAUGCAAAAGCCCUUGGUUUGGAAGCUGACCACCACCUUCUUCCAUUCAUUCAUGGCUGCCGUCUUCUAAAAACCAGUCAAAAUAGGCGGCCAUCUCGACCACAAGACCCUAAAAUUUCAGCGUAACAAACAGUAGUAGAAUUGAACAAUAACCAGAUGGAAGAACUGAGCAAUAACCAGAGGAAGAGGGAGCUCAAAAGAUAAUGUCAUCCUGGAGUUUCUCUGAUUGGUGCGGCCUCCAUGAAUGAACAACGCUUCACGAUUCGAAGAAAAGGGCUUGGUUUUCAGGAAGGGAGAGAAUUGAAUAAAAAACAGCGAAAAAGGAGUUCAGAAUAUCCGUUUUCAUGGAGAGACUCUGAUAGGCAUGGCCAUCAUGAGAGAACGAAGCUCCAGAUUUAGCAGGCUUUCAUGGAGGCUCUUUAUGUUCAUCACACUGAUACUCUUUGUAACUAUAGCUUCUGCUUCAACACCAGAACAAGACAGAGAAGUCCUCUUGAAUUUCAAGUCCUUUCUAUUGAGGAAAAAUCCAGUAAACAGAGGAAGAUACGACCAUUGGAACGAGAGCAUCUAUCACUGUCAAUGGCCAGGAAUUAAUUGCACAGGCGAUAGAGUAACUGGAAUUUCUCUCUCAGACUGUAACAUUCAAGGUCCACUUUAUGCAAAUUUCUCAAGUUUAACAGAGCUCGAGUACCUGGAUUUCUCGAGAAACACACUCUCAGGUCCAAUUCCAUUUGAUUUCAGCCUAUGCAACAAUCUCCGGUUACUGAAUCUCUCUUACAACAUAUUGGAUGGGACUUUGAACUUGACUGGUUUACCAAGCCUCGAAACCCUAGAUCUCACAGUGAACAGGCUCAAUGGAGGAAUUCAGCUGAGUUUUCCCGCCAUCUGUAACAACUUGAUAAACGUCAAUCUGUCCACAAACAGAUUUUCAGGCAAUAUUCUUGGCUCUUUUGAUGACUGUCAAAAAUUACAGAGCUUAGACUUAAGCUCGAAUAAUUUUUCAGGCGACAUAUGGCAGGGUUUUACAAGGUUGAAAGAGUUUUCUGUAUCUGAAAACUUCCUUUCAGGAGAGAUUAGUGCCGGAAUUUUUGCCGGAAAUUGCGGCCUCCAUCUCCUGGACUUGUCGGAAAAUGCUUUUCAGGGGACCGUUCCACCAGAAAUUUCAAACUGUCAAGCCCUAGAGUGGCUGAAUGUAUGGGGAAACAAUUUUACUGGUAAUAUACCAUCUCAAAUCGGGUCUUUGAGGAAUCUGGUGUCGCUCUUUUUAGGAAACAACAGCUUUUCAAGAGAAAUUCCAGCUAGUUUAGAAAACUGUACAAGCUUAAGGUUCCUCGACCUGAGCAGAAAUAAUUUCGGAGGAGUAAUCCAACCAGUUAUAAGCAAGUUUGUUCAGAUUAAACUCUUGGUUUUACAUGGAAAUGGAUAUAAAGAUGGGCUCUUAAGCUCCGGAAUUCUCAAUAUGCCUAAUAUUUCUCGGCUCGAUCUGAGCUUAAACGAAUUUUCAGGCAAUUUGCCGGCAGAAAUCGCACAAAUGUCAAGCCUGAAAUUCUUAAUCCUCGCUUACAACAAAUUUUCAGGAAAUAUACCACCUGAAUUUGGCAAUUUAUCAAAGCUUCAAGCCCUGGAUCUCUCUUACAAUAAAUUAACAGGCAGCAUUCCGGCUACUUUUGGGAAACUGAGUUCUCUGCUAUGGCUAAUGUUGGCCGGAAAUUCACUUUCCGGCGAAAUCCCACCGGAAAUUGGCAAUUGCAAUAGCUUGCUUUGGGUAAACCUCGCUGAUAACAAACUUUCAGGCAAGAUUCCGGAUGAAAUUGCACAGAUGGGAAUAAACCCUAACUUGACCUUCGAGUAUAACAGAGCGAACAUGAAAGUUGCAGUUGGUUCAGGCGAAUGCUUGGCCAUGAAAAGAUGGAUUCCCGCUAAUUAUCCGCCCUUUAGCUUUGUGUACACGCUUCUCACCAGAAAAAGUUGCAGAGGAAUAUGGGACCGGGUUUUGAAGGGUUAUGGUCUCUUUCCGAUUUGUCUCAACAACUCCGGGAGUUCACCUCGAACCCUGACUGUUUCCGGUUACCUGCAACUCACCGGCAACAAUUUUUCCGGCGAGAUUCCCACGACAAUCGGAAAUAUGAAGAAGCUCAGCCUCCUCCAUCUCGGAUCCAACAACUUCUCGGGCCAUCUCCCACCUGAACUCGCUCAAAUCCCUCUCGUUGUGCUCAACGUCUCGAGAAAUGGAUUUACCGGCGAUAUUCCGGCGAGAUUAGGCUCCAUGGCUUGCCUACAGAACCUGGAUCUCUCCGUCAACAACUUUUCAGGCGAUUUCCCGGCGAGUUUCAGAGGAUUGACCGAUCUCAGCAAGUUCAACCUCUCGUAUAACCCCUUCCUCACUGGCACGGUUCGUGCAUCUGGUCAACUCGGCACCUUUGAGGCGGACUCGUUCCUAGGCGUCCCGCUCCUCUGUGUAGAGUCCCUGAAAAACUCGGCAGCUUGCACAAACAAUUGGACAACCGAUUCUAAGCAAGCAGGCAAAAAGGGAAGUAGGGGAAUUGCCGGAAGGCCUGUAACCCUAGCCAUAAUCCUCGCUUCUUUAUCGGUUUCCAUAGUCUUUCUUCUGUUAUGGUUAGCUACCUUAACCGUCUUCUUCUUUCCUAAAAACCCUAGCAAACCAGAUGAGGAAGACUCGACCGUGUUUGCCCUAAUGUCAUCAAAGCGACGCCACGACCAAGUUUCAUCGAGUACGUUCUCCUCAACGUCGCCUGACUCGUCCGAUUCCGUUUACGUUUUCCGUGUAGACAGCAAGCCUUUCACUUAUUCGGACAUUCUAGAGGCGACGGAAAAUUUCUCAGAUAGACGGAUAAUUGGACGGGGAGGAUACGCCACCGUGUACAGGGGCAUGUUGCCCGAUGGCCGCCACGUGGCAGUGAAGAGGCUGAGGCAACAAGGGGCAGAGGCUGAAAGAGAAUUUGAAGCCGAAAUGGAGACCCUGAGCCGCGGUGCACGACACCCAAAUCUUGUGAUACUUUACGGGUGGUGUAUGUUCGGCGAGGAGAAGGCGCUUGUGUACGAAUACAUGGAGGGAGGGAGCUUAGAGGAGUGGCUUGAAGGCAAGAAAGGGGUUUUUAUGGGGUGGCGCAUGAGAUUUGAGGUUGUGUAUGGAGUGGCGAAGGGGCUCGCUUAUCUCCACCACGAGUGCAUGCCGGCGAUUGUGCACCGGGAUGUGAAGGCGAGCAACAUUAUGUUGGAGGGGGACGGGGGCGGUGCUCGUGUCGGAGACUUCGGGUUGGCACGUGUGGUUGGAGUGGGCUCCACGCAUGUGUCAACAGUAGUUGCCGGGACUGUGGGAUACGUUGCUCCAGAGUAUGGUCAGACAUGGAAGGCGACUACGAAAGGGGAUGUGUAUAGUUUUGGGGUGCUGGUUUUGGAGGUGCUGACCGGGAGGAGGGCGGUGGGGAAUGAGGAGACUUUGGUGGAGUGGGUUAGGAGGGUGGUGGAGGAAAAGGGUUGGAGGGGGGCUGUGCAUGAGGGGUUGUGUAUGGAGGAGGGCAAAGGCAUCAACCUCUAUGGUAGACAGGUGGAGGGGCUGGUGGAGGUGGGGCUGAGGUGCACAGAGGAGAAGCCUUGUAAGAGGCCGGAUAUGAAGGAGGUGGUGGCCAUGCUCCUCGGAUGCCGAGGCGGCGGUGUUGGUGUUGACAGCAGCGCCGCCCCGGCAUGUUGAUAGCCUCGGCCUCCCCCUCUUUCUUCUCUACUCUUUCUUCUCUUUUCUCUCUCUCUCUUAGUUUUGGGUCUGUUUUGAUGCCGAAGAUGAGGAUCUGUGAUACAUUGUACAUAGAUUUCAUUCUUUUUGCUGUGAUGGAAUCCUCUCUCUCAUAGUCCUUGUUAGUGUCUGCUUCUCUCUCUACAACUAUUCGUUGUUUCUUUCUAUUUUGUUUUUCUUUGGGUCGAGUGAAGAUGUGUAUGUAAUAUGUACAUGGACAUGAUUUCAUUCUUUCUAACGACAGAAAACGAUGUCUCUCAAUUGUUACUG